AAUUAAUAGUAGAGAAUAAGCCAAUCAAAAAAGUUCUCAUUGAAGUGUUUCAAAAUAAAAAUGGCUGCGGCCAUGAACAAAAACUAGUUAAAAACUUUGAUUUGCCCACGAGUGGGAAUGCAGGUUGGAGUGUUGAAGAAUCUGCACUGUAGGCUAGUAGAACAGCCUACAACCAACAUGUCAGAUUGUGAAGUCCCAUCAAAGUUAGAUCCACCUAGCACAUCAAGGUAGUGACCUAGUGGUGGUGACUUGCGAGGUCAUUGGACCAGAACUCAUUGAGCUCAUUCAGCAUUCGGCGACAACAUGGAGCGUAAAAAUCAAAUUAUUGCUGCUGUGGUUAUAAUUCUCAUUAUUGCGUCAUAUACUUUUAUAACAGUGCCUUAUUACAGCUCAAUGUUAUGGCAGCAUAACAGACAUGUUUCCGUCCCUGGUAUAGAAGGAAUGUCUGAGAUUGAACGAUUCAGAUACCUGUUUAACAAUUGGCCACACGAUAAACCAAAAGCUGUGAUAUACUUUCUCCUAUUUAAGCCUCGGAUUUACUCUACAUUUAUCAAGACAUUAAAACAGCUGGAUAAGUUCUUUAUAAAGAGAUUUAAAUAUCCUGUUGUUUUAUUUCAUGAGCCUGAUUUGACGCAAAGUGAUAAAGAAGCAAUACGAUUUUCUACAUCUGCUGAAAUAAUAUUUCAUGAGGUCAGCUUUAGUACACCUGAUUUUCUACGGAAACCUGCUGAGGAUUAUAUGAAAGUUUGUCCGUACCCUAGUCAUAUUGGAUACCGCCACAUGUGCCGAUUUCACACCAAGUUGGUGUUUGAGACAGAAAUUAUGCACACAGCUGAAUGGUACUGGAGACUAGAUGACGACUCUAAUAUUCUUCAGCACAUUGAUUAUGAUAUAUUUAAACAUAUGGAGAAUCAGAACUACAAAUAUGGCUAUGCAUUAAUCUCUCAGGAAAGAGAUGAUUGUGUGCUAGGACUCAAAAACAAUUUUACGCAUUAUAUCAAAACUCAUAAUUUGACGCCAACUUUCUUCAAUGAAUGGUCCUGGAGUGAUCCUGUAGAUCAGAUCUAUAACAAUUUCGAAAUCGCGUCACUGGAAUUUUGGCGGAGCUCCCAAGUCAGAGACAUUAUAGAAUAUAUCGACCAAUCAGGAGGCAUUUAUUUAGCACGAUGGGGAGAUGCACCAAUACAUACUAUGAUUGUAUCAAUUUUUAUACCAAGAGCUCAAAUUAGAGUUUUUACAGAUAUAGCAUAUAGCCAUCAACUUGAGAGUACUGUAGAUAGAAACUAUACUGCUGUGGAUUUUAUCAAGUUUAUGUUAACAUUCACUGUAAUUUCUGUUUUUAUUUUAUUUUUGCUCCAAAAGUAUUUAUUAAAGUCAUUGUUUAUUGCAACAUAAAGGACAGUCAUUAAAUUCACAAUAUGCAUUUAGUCAU